AUGGCUUGCGUGCUCUUUGUCUUUCAUGCAGAUCGUGGGCAUUUCAACUUCUGCAUUCCGCUGGCACGGGCAUUGUCCAAGUGUGGGUGGACGUGCGAGUUGUGGACCAAUUCCAACUGUGUGGAGUGGGUAAAGCCCGGUGUAUUUCAUGAAGUUCGGUUGGAAGAGCUUUGUGUUACCAACGGCGGACAUAUUUGUGGCAGCAUUCUGCCCAACUUCCAUCUGGAUCUGGGGCGUUGCAACCUGCCUGCCAUCACAGCUGCUUACAAGUCUUGUGUCAGCUCUGGCGAUACGGAUGCAGACGGGCAGAAAGCCUUGUUCCGCGAUCAUGGCGCUGCAUUCAAGCACAUCAUGACAUGCCAUGGGCCGAUGGUACCCUCGAGCGAAGGGGAAGGUUUCGGUGAAAUGAAUCCGGUGUCGGCCCUUGGUGUGACGGCCUUCGAAGAUCGACUGGCGCAGGCCGACGUACGGUGUGUGGUCUUCGAAGCAGUUUGGGGCAAGUGGUCACAUGAUUUGGCAAUUGCUCACGGGAAGAAAGCUUUCGGUUUGAUGCCGUCCUACCGGGAACCGUUCAGAGCAGCCUACUGUCACGAUGCCAUUUGGGACUUUGACAACCAGUGCAUCGUGAGGAACCGAGCAGAAGACAUUGACAGCUUUCAGAAGUUUGCGCCGGAGGCAGUGUCCUACAUCAUCGCAGACUGCUUGGUGGGGAAAGCUAUAGAUUCAGGUGGUCGUCGACGCUUUGGGGCUUUUCUCCCAAGCUGCGAGGAUGUUGAUGUUUGCGAUGUCGAGCUGCAGAGCUGGCUUGAUGGUGCAGGGGAAGCGGACGCUCGCAUCACCCUCGUAGCAUUGGGAAGCCAGACCACUCUCGAAGGCGUGUGUGAGAGUGCUGAGGAGAGGCUGCUGCACGGCUGUUUGUUGGCCUCGCCCCGCGUGCUGGCCGUGUUGAAGGAGACUCCGACUCCGAGACAACUGAGCCCGAAGCUGCUGGAGGCGGUAUCUUGUGGAAGGCUUCGCUACGCAAAGUACCUGCCCCAGUGGGCGGUCUUGAACCACCCUUUGGUGCGGUGUUUCGUGUCGCAUGGUGGUGCGAAUUCGGCGCACGAAGCACUGGCGUGCGGCGUUCCUGUGGUUCCGCUUCCGUUCUUCGAUGAUCAGUUCUACAUUGCAAGCCGCCUGGAGGAGCUGUAUGGCUACACUUGCAAGUUACGGAAGGCAACGCUUCGAAGCGAUUCAGCCAUCGAGCAGGUGGCGGCUUCAGUGCGACAGGGUCUGGAGGUGACCGAAGUGACGUUGCAGCACUGGCGUGAUGAGGUCCUGAAGGAGGACGGCGCAGCAACUGCUGCCAGAAGUAUUGCCGCACAGCAAGAAACGGUGCUUGUGUACAGAUGGACAGAGCUGUGUACAGAGCCUCGAGAGCAUUUGGAGCGCUUCCUUGGAGCGAUUGUUCCACGCCUCCUCGAAGUACUCACAGAUCUGGCCUGCGGUAAAGGGCGCAAGGCUGUUGGCCGGUGUGGUCUUUGGAAACUGGCACUGGAGGCUUUGUUCUACUUGGUGGAAGAUAGCCUGGCAGGUGUUGCACGUUGUGAGCUGGAACCUGAUGCAGCCAAAAGCUAUUGGGAUGCGUUGAUCACUUGCUUCUCCAAGGUCCUUGGUGAGGCGCUCCCAGCCCCGCGGCCGGAAGGCAGUGCAGAUGCCGGUGCUCUGCUAUCGCAGGUACUCGGGAAUCUUCUCAUGCAACGGAUUCUGCCAUGCUCAAAGACACCAGCAAGCGUGGCAGAAGAUGCAGUGCAUCUGCUUCAGGCACGCCCUCGUCAGCAGGGCAUGGGUUCGUCCAGCCUCAGGCACUUCUUCGCGCUUUGUGCAGUCCAGUCCGAGGCACCAGAAGCAGGGAGCGCAAAUGUCGACGGGGAUGAAGUGAGGCUCAGCGUCAUAGCUGCUACAGCCAGGGGUGCCAGUACACUGUCGGCGAAGGGAAUCCCGUGUCGAUCUGCACUGCUAGGCAUUGCAGUGCCGGCACUGGUAGCUCACGUCCGAUCCCUUUUCGCUCUCUAUUUGCAGGACGAGGAAGCGCGGCAGAGGGGAGCUCCCGUGGCCGACGCAGCUGCGCAGAAGGCAGUCGAGGUUCGCCAGGCUCUCACGCUUUUACAGAAGCUUCAAGUCGACGAGGCUGACUUUGCACAUGUCUCGAGCUGUUCGAUUCUGCCCAAACACCAAGCCCUAAGCCCUAAAUCUUGUUGUAGGCGCUGUGUGGUGGUAUAUCCUGCUCGUGUUGCUGUCAGCAUCCCCCUCCUUGAGCCAACAUCUCGUUGUUGGAGCAUCAGUCUUCUUGUUAGUUUCUCCCACCUCAAGACAUGUGCCUUGCCUGCACUGUCCGAGUUGUUAUGGGUGCCGGAGUCUAAACCCUCAGUCCUAGACCCUGAGGCUUGUCUGAGUGUGAGUGUCAAAACUCCUAAACUGCCAGUACUCUCUAUAACCUUCUGUGAAUGUCACGAAACGCAGUGUGCACAGAUGCCUGCGUCGAUGGAGCUGCACCCGACCGCAGGCACACGGUUCGAGGUAACGGAAAAAGGGGGCGCUGUAGUUUCGCUGAUGUUCAGCUCCCAGUGCCUCCGGCACUGGUAG